AUGCUUCAAGCCAACAAACCCUCUGCCUCCACUUCACCUAUAAUUCUUCCAUACCAUUCAGAAACCUCUGAACCACAAGCCUCUGAACAACAAACCUCCGCACCACAAACCUCUGAACUACAAACCUCUGAACCACAAGCCUCUAAACCUCUAGACUCUGAUAAAACCACUACUAAUCCACAAUCACGUCAUCCAUCUGAUCGUGACAACCUCUCUCCUAUUCCAUUUGUUUCCUUUACCACAAAUGUUUCAUUUUCUUCUCCACCCAACAAGUCAGAAGCCACAAGGAAAUGCUUUCAAAUUGCUAGAGAAACGCUCUCUGAAAUCCCUGAACAUUUCAUCAAUGUUCCUAGUCCUCGCCGCUACCCUGGACCUAGGCCAGAACCUCUGGUUCCUCCUGAUUUCCCCAUCCAAGCAAUUCCUAUUGCCUCAAUACCUCCUCCUCCUCCUCUUCAUCCUCUUUCUCCUCUUCAAGAGAAUGCUGAGUCAGUCUCCAACCAUUCACCAGAUCACACACAGAAUCCUGAGACUGAAACUCUUCAACCGAACCCUGAGACCAAUAACUCUGCACAUCAGACUCUGCAGAUUGGUUCUCCCUCUGAAGUUUCCAGCAGCAACCACUCCUCAUCGCCUGAACCAAACCUUUCCCUUAUUCCCUACACUUACUCUGGACCAACCACCCUCCUUGACUGCAUCAAUGCAUUUAAUCAUGAAGCAUGA